AGCCAGCUGCUAGCAGAGCUUACCCUGAGUGUUCUAACAGGGAACAUUUACAGUUUAGAAGAGAUGAUCGCACUGAUUUUCUUUUCUGCCCUGCUAUGGGACGAGGCUCAGUCGUGGGGAUUCAAGGACGGAGUGCUGCAUAACUCCAUCUGGUUAGAACGAGCUGCUGGGGUGUAUCACAGGGAGUCGCGCUCUGGGAAGUACCAGCUCACCUACACAGAAGCGAAGGCGGUCUGUGAAUACGAGGGAGGACGUCUGGCCACGUAUCAGCAGCUGGAGGCAGCAAGAAAAAUAGGUUUCCACGUGUGUGCUGCCGGCUGGAUGGCAAAGGGCAGAGUUGGGUAUCCCAUAGUAAAAGCUGGAGCCAACUGCGGCUUUGGGAAAACCGGUAUUGUUGAUUAUGGGAUUCGCCUCAACAGGAGUGAGAGAUGGGACGCCUACUGCUACAACCCUAACGGAAAAGAAUGUGGUGGAGUCUUCACGGAUUCAAAACAUGUCUUUAAGUCACCGGGCUACCCAAAUGAGUAUGAAAAUGACCAGAUUUGCUACUGGCACAUCAGAGUAAAGUAUGGACAACGUAUUCACCUACAGUUCCUAGAGUUUGACGUUGAAGAUGACAUUGCUUGUAUGGCUGAUUUCUUGGAAAUCUAUGAUAGCUAUGAUGAUGUCAAUGGCUUUGUGGGCAGGUUUUGUGGAGAUGAGUUGCCGGAUGACAUCAUUAGCACAGGCAAUGUUAUGACCUUGAAGUUUCUGACCGACGCCUCAGUGACUGCUGGUGGGUUCCAGAUCAGAUACACUACGAUAGACACGACUUCCAAGCCAAGCGAUGGGAAGAAUACAACAUCCCAAGGGAAAACAAACUACUUAUCUGGAAAAUUUGGCAUCAUGUGAGCAGAUUAACGAGAUGAACUCAUUAAGAAACAUGGUGUAGAACCCCACUCAGAUAUCUGUUUCUUCAGAGAAGACUUUUUUUCUUCAUACCUUCCUGACUUUUUAUUUUCUGCUUUUAUAUAAAUUUUGUUAAUGAAGUGUACUAGGAAAUAAAUUAUAAACUAUAUGUAGAUGAAUAAUAGAAGACUAUUUUUAGGUUGCAAGUACUGUAAAAAUCUGAAGAAAUCAUUGUUACCAAAGAUUUAAAAAUUAUUUUUCUAUACAAACUGCCCCUUCUCCUCAUUUCUUGCACCACUUGAACAAAUUUUUCUGCGACUGUUUCAAUUAUUAGAUUUUUAAAUGUAAUGUGCUGUUCUCUCCUUCUCUCCCUGGAUUUCCACUAAUUUAUUUUUUAGAGUCUUGCUUUGUUUCUUCCUGCUCUCUACAUGUAAUUAUUAUUUUAAUUAACUCAUCUCCCUGAUCUCAAAAGACCUUUAGAGAAAGCUUAUUUUCAAGAUACAUAUGUUCACCUUGUGGAUGGUCUACCCAUGGGAUUGCCCAAAGCCAGAAGACUGGGAAGCAGAAGGACCAGCACAGAAUCAACUGCAUUAUCAUCAUAAUUUUGUGGUGAGAUGAAUCAGAAACUACUCCAUGAGUUGUGUCGGGGUUUCCUCAUCCAGAGAAGAGAUGUUCAAGUCCUUUCACUCAGUAAAGAAUCAAAUGAAAGACUUGGUAAGGAUAAUAAAACAGGUGAGAAGAAGCAUCAGAAGAAAUUGCUGAGUGAGUACUGGAAGAUCCCUUCAGAUGAAGGGCAACGGAGCUGGGAAAGGGUCUGGAGAACAAGAUCACGAGGAGCAGCUGAGGGCCCUGAGACUGUUUAGUCUGGAAAAGAGAGGGCUGAGGGGAGACUUCAUCACUCUCUGCAGCUCCCUGGAAGGAGGUUGUGGUGAGGUGGUGCUGGACUCUUCUCCCAAGGAACAGGCGACAGGACACGAGGAAGUGGCCUCAAGCCAACCAGCCCAGAUUUACUGAAAGAGUGGUGAAGCAUUGGAAGAGGCUGCCCAGGGCAAUGGUGGAGUCUCUGUCGCUGGAGGGGUUCAAAAGCACAACGGGACAUGGUUUAGCAGGCACGGUGGGGCUGGGCUGACGGACGGGAUGAGCUAAGAGGUCUUUUCCAACCUCAAUGAUUCUCUGAUUCUAUAAAAUACUGUCAAGAAGCAAUCUGUUGUUUACACGGGUUUUAAGACGACUGUACUAUUUUGUUUGAUCAACAUACAGCAUUCUCCAUAUGUUUUUUAACUUCAGCUGAAAUUCCUCAGUCUGAAGCAGCAUUAAA